ACUUGUGAAUGGAUUGAUCUCGAUUUGUGUUGAGUAGUACUUUUUGCAGCAUAGUAAAUGACUAUCACCUUUGUGGUUGUCUAGUAUUUUUCUAGCGAUGCAUUGGUUUACAAAUUUUCUUUAAAUGUCUACUUAUAUAGCACGCAACCACCUGGUGAGUAGGGAAGCCCGUUAAAUUGUUGACAACUACACAUAAACUAAUUCUCCAUAAAUUAAUUUCUUUUAACAACUGGACUCGUAACAUCAGUAUGUGGAGGCAACUGACGAUAAAGAAGGCUGUUCAACUAUGUUGCGUCCUGGCGUUAAUAUUCCCUUUGGUCGCCUACUUUACUGCCUUGAGUCGAUCACCCGAAAAACACCAAUCAAGAAAAGUGGGGGAAAUUUUGAGAUACGAUGGACCAGAUGGAAAAGAAACGGCUCGAUCUAAUGUCAAACCACCUGCACGAGGAUGGAUGGAGAAGUAUAAUUGGACACCAAUAGCCCAUGGUGUUUAUGACUUUUUGAUAAACCCUGUGGAAAAGUGCAAGGUAGGAAAUGGUAAUUUUACACUUCUGAUCUUGAUCAAGUCAGCGGCUUCUCACGCAUCACACAGGGCAAUCAUCAGAGAAACAUAUGUCAGGUGUAUCGAGAUGAAUAACAUAUCAGCCAGGAUGUUCUUUAUCCUGGGAACUACUACGAACGACACCUACCGCGAAGGUAUCAGGCGGGAAGCUGACCUACACGGAGAUAUCCUACAGGCGGACUUCGCCGACAAUUACUACAACCUCACCAUCAAGUUAAUCAUGGCUUUCAAGUGGGCGGCCACCUUCUGCAACAACAAUGAGUUCUUGAUGUCGGCGGAUGAUGAUGUCGUCAUGGACAUAUCAACCCUUGUCCAAGACUUAAGGGCUUUGCCAUUGGAGUAUCGUUCAAACCUUUGCUUGGGUGAUCCUAUAAUCGCCAGUAAGCCAAUACGAAACGUGAGAAGCAAAUACUACGUCCCGAAGGAGAUGUAUCCGGAAGAUACCUACCCAACGUAUCCGAGUGGUCCCGGAUACGUGCUAUCGCAAGAUGUUGUACGAGGACUUUACGAUGCUUCAAAAGGAUUGCUGCCUAGGACACCAACUGAUGAUGUUUACAGUGGAUUUCUUUUGAAGGCACGAGGCAUUCACAUGGUAGAUAUGAUUACACUCUUCCCUUUACUUCAUCCUGAACGAAGAGGUUUCAUAAAUGAUAAAGAUUACUUGUAUUUUAUGGCCCAACUAUCCCUAAAGGAAAUGAAGAGUACAUGGAACGACUACAGCAGAUAUUGUAUAUCUACUGAACUCGUACACGGAACAACCUCUAACACGACACUCAUCCUGAAAAAGAAUCAAAUUAAUGGAAUUUUCGUUCCUGAAUUAUUAAAGGAAUAGAGAAUGAGUUUGUACAAUAUCAUUUCAUAACGUGACAAAAAAAAUUGCUUUCAGCAUUUAUGAAAUAAAAUAAUUACAGCGUUAGGCGUAACAUAUUAUAGGAGUGAAUUCAAUUGAUUUGGACCGUGUUACCUCAUAAGAUAACCAUUAAACCUUUGAAAUAAAUGUGAGCAAGAAUAUUAUUUAAGUUUUUGAAAAUGUACAGCAAAAUUUGCAGUGAAUUUUCGUCAAAUAUUGUUAGGAAUUUCAAGGAACCUUUAUAUCUUGGAUAAUAUUAGGCUUCAUAAAAAAUCGAAAAAAAUUUCUUUUGUAACAUUUUUUGUUCAUUUCAUGUAAAUACACGAUAUUUUUUAAUGUAUGUUUAGUCCAUUUCACAUGUUCGUCCAGCUUUCAGUUUGUUAGAUGAUAAUUUAGUAGAUUUCGGGCUGUGAUAAUAUGCUCGUAUUGAUUUAUAUAUUUAAAUGUGAUAAAUUUCAAUAAUAAUAAUAAUUACUAUUAUUCUUAAUAAUUUGAAUAAAUAAAUUUUAAGUAAU